AUCAAACUGAUUAAUUUUCUUCUUUAAAAUUAAUAAAGUCAAUUCUUUUAAUUUAUAUGUAAAAGUGACUUCAGUGAACCAUUGGUGGCCAUUACAAAACCUAAACUUUUUAUCGGGACAAAUGUCCAUUUGAUGUUUCGGCGACGUUGUGAAGCUAAUCAAAAAUUGCACCAUUCGCGAGUCGCCGAAACAUUUUUGCGGUUACAGUGUGACGAAAAUGAUUUUGAGAUAAAUUCUACAGUGUAGUGAUUAUUGUGUUGAAAAGGAAGAAAAAAAUAGUAAUAGUUAAAAUAUUGAGGCGUGGAUUGGUGUAGUGUAUGUUAUGGCGAGAUUGCAGUGCGAUAGUUACUAGUCGUGGUGAAAUGGACUGCGGCGUGGUGAGGGCCCGUGUGACUGUGGGCACCAGGAGUCAUCUGGCGUGUCGGAUAUAGACACACAGAGCUACUUAUAUUAUGAAUAAACGUGACGGCAAUAAGGAUAAGGAACGUCAGAGUGACGACAAAAGAACUUCCACCGCAACCGGCGCGGUGGGUGGACGCGGCGGGGGCGGAAGCAGCGCGAUGCACACGUCGCGGCACUCCGUCACGUCGUCCUCCGGCGUCCUUAUGGUCGGGCCCAACUUCCGCGUCGGCAAGAAGAUUGGAUGCGGCAAUUUCGGCGAACUUAGGCUCGGAAAAAAUCUCUACAACAAUGAACAUGUAGCGAUUAAAAUGGAGCCUAUGAAGUCAAAGGCUCCGCAAUUACAUCUAGAGUACCGAUUUUACAAAUUACUAGGAACUCAUGCACCUUCGACAGCUGAAGGUAUCCCGGAGGUGUACUACUUCGGGCCGUGCGGUAAAUACAAUGCGCUGGUCAUGGAGCUGCUGGGCCCGUCGCUCGAAGAUCUGUUCGACUUGUGCGGCCGUCGUUUCUCUCUAAAGACUGUCUUGAUGAUCGCUAUGCAGCUGUUACAUCGUAUCGAAUAUGUCCACACAAGACAUCUAAUAUAUCGCGAUGUGAAGCCGGAGAAUUUUUUAAUAGGUAGAACUGCAACUAAAAGGGAAAAAAUCAUUCACAUCAUUGAUUUCGGUUUGGCCAAAGAAUAUAUAGACUUAGAGACAAACAAACAUAUCCCAUACCGGGAGCACAAGUCACUCACCGGCACCGCCAGAUACAUGUCAAUAAAUACACAUUUAGGAAAAGAACAAUCAAGACGCGACGACCUAGAAGCCCUCGGUCAUAUGUUUAUGUAUUUUUUACGUGGUUCCUUACCCUGGCAGGGUUUAAAAGCUGAUACUCUCAAAGAAAGAUACCAAAAAAUCGGUGAUACAAAACGAGCGACGCCUAUUGAGGUGCUCUGCGAGGGCCACCCGGAGGAGAUGGCGACGUACCUGCGCUACGUGCGGCGGCUGGACUUCUUCGAGACGCCGGACUACGACCAGCUGCGGCGCAUGUUCCGCGAGCUGUUCGAGCGCCGCGGAUACGUGGACGACGGCGAGUUCGACUGGACCGGCAAGACUAUGCCAUCGAAUAUGCACGUCAUGCGAAUACUACGGAACGCACCGCCUUCUAAUGUCGUUAGAAAUAAAUCCGAUAAGUCUACGCCAGUGGGAUCAAUUCAGACGGGACACGAGAUAGUUGUAUCUCCGAAUCGUGAUAGACAUCAGCCCUUUCACAAGGAUGAUUUGUGUGAUUAUAUGAUUGGUAUGCUUGAGGACGAUGAGGCGGCGCUAAUAUCCGGAGAGGGGGCUGUUAAGGACUCUGGCACGAGUGGUACAGCGAACACGGGAGGCAACUGGCCGCACAGCGGCAAGGCCACCCCGCUCACUACGGGCCACUUGACGCCCGCCGACCGCCAUGGCUCGGUGCAGGUGGUAAGCUCAACGAACGGCGAGCUGGGCGCGGACGACCCGACGGCGGGGCACAGCAACACGCCGAUCACGCAGCCGCACCACGAGGUGGACGUGGUCGACGACACCAAGUCAGUGUUGCAACUACAAUCCGUGUAUUCCAGAUGCUGUUGCUUCUUCAAGCGCAAAAAGAAGAAGUGCGCGACGCGCGCGUACAAGUGACGCGUGUGUGCCACGUGACCGCACCACACACACACCCGCACACACACACACACACCCGCGCCUACACGCAUCGACCCCCAUAUACAGACCCCGAAUAAUGCGAACCGAAUAGAAAACACUUUUUAAAUUUUUUUUUAGCAAAUUUUUUUGUUUGUAUAGAUUUUUUGUCCAAAUUUGUUGUAUCAUAGAUUUUAUUUUAAUUGUUCAUGUUAUUCUAUUCGGAUCGCGGAAUACCUCGAUCAUAUUACAUCAUUGGAUUAUAUAAUUGUUAGCUCGGUAUAGAAUCUGUUUGGUGUCUCACAGUUGUAAAUUUACUGAAGCUAUCUAUAUGUCGUAUGGAAAUGUAUUUAAAUAUAAUGUCCAUUUAAC